AUGAGAACUGCAAUGUGUGCGACUCGUGGCAGGGUUCAAGCUUUAAAAGGCAUACAAAUAAGGAAGAAACUAACAAUACUGAGGGCAUGCGUCAACACUGUAGGGCUAUAUGGGCUAGAGGCAACAGGGAUGAAGGAGGGCUCGGAAAAGUUGAUGAAUCAGCUGGAAGUUAUGCAGAGGAGAUGAAUCAGAAUGGUGCUUUCAGCUCCACAGGGUGUGGCAAAUGAGACCCUUUACAUGGAGACAGGUAUUUUAAGCAUAGAGAUGCAGUUGGCAAUAAAAAUACUCAGAUAUGGAGUUAAGCUGGAGAGGGAAGCAAAAAUAAAGGAACAAUGUUGGGUGAAGCAUACUUACUUAAUAAGCGUAUGAACUUGACUUGGAGCAAAUCAUGAACUAGAUGAGGCAGAAGCAAUACAAUUAGUCCAGAAUAGAAUUGGAAGCCCAAAGGAAGCAAAGAAAGUAAUAAAGGAAGAGAUGAGGAAGUUUGCAUGAAAUCAUUAUGCGGGGAGAAUUGAGAAGGAGGUGCAGAAGACUACAAGGCUCUUUGUGAAGCUGAAUGAUGGAAAAGAUAAAAUUGAAAGGAGCCCAUAUAUCUACAUGAACUCUCAUAGAGGAUUUGAAAUAGCUCAGAUCUUUAGACUCAGGGCAGGAUUUAAUGAAACUGCAAGCUCUCGAAACAUAAGGCACUUAGAUCAUGAUAGAAAAUGUAGGAUAUGUGGAUGGAUUGAGGAAGAUGAAAUUCAUCUUAUGGAUGAUUGUUAUCUAUAUGAAUCAUACAGGGUGGAAUUUUUUAUGAAAUUAGAUAAUAUUGGAGUAAUUGAAGGAAUAAUUGAGGAGAGAUUGAAAGUGCAUGAAAUUGCACUUUAUUCAAAUAGAUUUGUAGAGCUGAUGAAUAAAAAAUAUAAGGAGAAAUUUGAAGAUGUUGAUAUGGAAAUAAAAAGAUUUAUUUAUUCGAUUAUGAGAAAAAGAGAGAAAUGCUGCUCAUGCAGCGAUAGAUAG